GGUGUAUAUACAAUUCGCGUAACGUGAUCUCACGGCUGUACCCGAAUAUUUACACAUAAGGCCUUCGAGAUGUCGUCAGGGGCGUCCGGCGGCGGUGGAGGUGGCGGAGCUGCCAGUGGCGGCGGCAACUCGAAUCACCAAAGGGGCGCCGCUCAGCGACCCAACGGCCAAACCCAGAACAAAAUAUGCCAGUUUAAACUGGUGCUAUUGGGCGAGUCUGCUGUAGGGAAAUCAUCGUUGGUGUUGCGGUUCGUCAAAGGACAAUUCCAUGAGUACCAGGAGAGCACCAUCGGGGCCGCUUUUCUCACGCAGACCAUCUGUCUCGACGAUACUACUGUCAAAUUUGAAAUUUGGGACACCGCGGGACAAGAAAGGUACCACAGUUUAGCGCCGAUGUACUACCGUGGCGCGCAGGCGGCUAUCGUGGUGUACGACAUCACGAACCAGGAUACGUUCGGUAGGGCCAAGACAUGGGUCAAAGAGCUGCAACGACAGGCGUCACCCACCAUCGUGAUAGCGUUGGCCGGCAAUAAACAGGACUUGGCCAACAAGAGGAUGGUCGAGUACGAAGAGGCGCAAGCGUACGCGGACGAGAACGGUCUGCUGUUCAUGGAGACCUCCGCCAAGACGGCGAUGAACGUCAGCGAGAUCUUCUUGGCGAUAGCUAGGAAAUUGCCGAAGAACGACCAAUCCGGGGGCGGCGGUGGCGGCGCCGGGGGCAGCAGCCAGGGACGGCGACUGGCCGAGGGCGAUUCAGGCUCCAGGGGCCCCGCCGGAGCCUGUUGCAAGUGAUGGACGCCACCAAGGCGGAUGAUGGCACAGCCGGCAGCAUAGUGAUAUACAUAUACAUACAUAACACAUACACACACCAACCAUCCGCUUGCGGCGAGUUGAAAGUCAAUAACAACAGCAAUUGUAUAGGAGAGCAUAGAGAGGUACAUCGCCACGUUCGUUCAUUGUGUCUCACUGAGGCAUUUCUCGUCUUGGUCUUUUUUCGAUGGUUAAUUCGGGAGGAAUGUGCGGUUAGUUGCAAUCAUUUUUUUUUCUGUGAUAAUUGAUAAUGUUUUACGUACUACACCGGGAACAAGACUGCUGUUUACACAUUAGCUGCAAUCCGUUGAGCGCGAAAUAUAAUUUUCAAAUACCAACGAUGUUGAUAUUCAGUAUUGUGACACAGGUAGGCGCUCAUAUGUUUUUGCUAGUCUCUGCUUAUCUCUAAUGAUAUGUUUCUUGACUUGUCCGAACAUUUAGUUGUCAUGAUUCAUGAUUCUGUUUGUUUUAAAGUAAUACAUUUGAAAACAGAGUUGCCGCUAUUGAAAAUAGAUGUUUAUUAUACUUUUCUACCGUUAUACAUUUUUGCCAUACAUUUUGAGAAAGCAGUAGUUGAUUUAUGGAUCCAUUUCAACAAAUGUAAAGGUGUCCGUGUUUUAGCUCGUAUAACUAACAUAAACCACGAGCGCGUGAUAUCUAAAAAUUUCGGAAAAAUAUAACCAUCAACUUUGUAUAGAAUUAAUAUGGCGCGAAAAGAAACACAAUGCAUUUCAUUGUGAAAACGUUUUAUGGUUUCGUCUGAGCUUGCAAUUUUCUAGUCACAAGACGAAAAUGCUCAAAGUACUAAAAAAUUUGGACCAAAACAUCGCUCGACAAAAUAGUGUUUAUAUGAUAAGAAAUCGGCUUUUUAUGAAUCGCAGAACAACUCCUGAUGCAACUACCGAACAAUUCUCCUUAACAUUGUAAGUAUACACGGCGCUACUAGAACUUGGUGUACACUGUCAAAAUGCAGUGAAUAUGUAUGUAUAUGAUACAGGGCGUAGGCGCUGGGUGUUAUUUAUAGGUUAUGAAGAAUUUUAUAAGCCUGUGGGGUCCAGAUCUUCUCAGCAUUGUGAUUGAUUGGAAAGGAAAAUCAAUUGUGCGAAGAAACGAUUUUUUAAUUAAGCAUUAAGUCGUAUUCUUUAAGAUUAUUGCCGAGAUAUAUGAAUUAUUUAUUAUAAAAUUAAUUACAUUUCUGAUGAGUAAUUUUUUAAUAUGUGUCCAUUUUGUAAGAAAUAGAUAAUUUUAGCGAAACCAAACUUGUAAACGCUACAUUCUUACUAACAGAGUUUCAAUCCAGCAGAUAAAGAAGGUCAAAAUGUUUUGGUUUUGGUAUUUUUUGCUGCUGGUUGACAUGGCUACAUGUCAGAUGGGUAAAGGUAGAAUUUAUUUAGAAAACCUGCGCAGAAAAAAUCUAGCCACCCAAUUUCGAGCACCAACCUUGUGAUUGUUUGAGACUUUUCAUCUCAAAUCAUGGCGGAGUUUGCACUUUGGCCAAAUGACAUAAUAGCUUGGAAAAAACUUUAUCCGUGAAGUUGUGAAAUUUACAUCGGUAGCAUUUUGGCAAUUGAGAUGGUUAUUGUGAUAAGUAUAUGAAUUUUUUUACAUUGUUGUUAAAUAUCUGACAGUGUAGGCUAAAGUCCUAAAAAGAGAAUAGAUUGACCAUAUUCAGCUCCAGCUAAAUGUUUUUUAACAGUCUAAGGUGUUUCAUUAAUUAUUGGUCCUUAGAAUUCCUUUUUAUACUUUAAAGUGCAAUUAAUUGAUUAAUUAGACCAUUCAUAGCGUAUUAUCGUAAAUUGUAUUAUAUAGGGUAUGGAAAACAGAAUCAUACAAGAUGGUUUUGAAUUUGAUAUCAAAACAUUGCAUGUUGUCAAUCCUCAAAUUGCAAGAUUUCAGCAUUUUCAUAAUAAUGCGGUAUUUCUCUUGGAAAUACCUGUAAAACUCGUAUUGUCAGCUACUAAUAAACUAGGAAUCAUGCAACUAAGAAGCUUACAAUAUUGUCUUGGAUGCAUCAUUGCAACUAAUCAGUUUUUGUGAUCACAUACAGAUAUCAGAUAAUUCUUUUUUUCAUACCCUGGGAAAAUUAAAUUAGUACCGUCACUCUGAAUACCGACAUUUUAUUUAUACUUUCUUAUAAUGGGUAUGUACAGGGUGUUCAUUUGAAUAUUUCCCAGCACGGAUUUGUCGGAAACCACUGAUUAAAAGAAAAAACGCCGAGACACGUCAAAAGAUUUGUCAAGGGGGACAACUUUUUAACCAAUGACUACUUCAUUCGAUUUCAAGAAAAUUAGAAAAAUCUUUAUUUAACUUAAUUUGUUCAGACUGAAAACAAAAACAGUUUUAAUUUCAAUAAGCGUUCAAAAUGUUGUCCGUUAUUGUCGAAACAAUGAUAUAGGCGAUGAUAAUGAUUCCUGACGGACAUUUUCAAAAGCAUGUUGUGGAAUAUCAUGGCACCAGUAAACACAGUAGAUUUCAAAUGGCCCCAUAGAAAAAAGUCUAAUGGCGUCAUAACAGGAGAUCUAGCAGGCCAUUCUAAAGGCCCUCUUCGCCCUAUCCAUUUAUCUAGAAACUCGUCGUCUAGCCAUUGCCGAACCGGACGAACAUUGCAGGAAAUAUACUUCAUCCUCUUCGAUUUGGUUUUCAAUGAUUUCAGUGAUAAGUGAAUUGAUCGCAUGAUUUUGACCACCAUAAAUUAGAAUCAUUUCCACUCUUUCGGCUAGUGUGUAAACCACUUUGGAAGUAAAAUCUGAAUCAAUAAAUUAAUUUUCACUAUCCGAAGAUUGUCACAAAGGUGACACCAAAUUAAAUUCUUUCUUCCUCUUAACAACAUAUAACUAAACAGGUAUAACAGUAAACACAGUUCGGCCAGGUAUCUGUAUGGUGAAAAGAAUGCGGAAAAAAUUCGGGUUGUUAUUUGGUUGUUGCCGUUUCAAAUUAUAAACGAAUUAAAGAUUUGGCAAACCUUAACGGGCAA